AUGCCGGCCAGGUGUGGUCGCGAAGGUACGACGGGAAGCUACAAUGAAAGUUUGCGCCUCUCUAAAAGACGCCGUUACUUCAACAUCCAUGAGCUCUGCCAAGCCGUUGCCAGGUCUACCGGCCAGUCCCCCGACGAUAUCACCCAGUUCACCAAAAUUGCGGAAGGAGGUUCUUAUCGUGUCUUCCAAGCUACGUUCCAAGAUGAGGUGAAGGUCAUUAUCCGCCUUCCAUACCCAUCGAUAGUCCCUCGCACAUAUGGCAUCGCUAGUGAGAGCUCGUCGACAUCGAAUCAAGUAGGGUCUAAAUACACCAUCAUGGAGAGAGUUCCAGGCAAAGAGCUAGAAGAUGUCUGGUACACUAUGACGUUACAAGAGAGGAUGGAUGUAAUAGAGAAGAUUAUUGAUAUUGAAAAGAUACUCUUCGCCAUCCGAUUUCCUGCCAGUGGUAGUCUGUAUUUCAAGGAUUCCUUGGGCGAUGGUAUCACGAAAGUGGAUUUGCCACCAGAUGCUAGUCAUAGAGAAAUAAACAAGUUUUGCAUUGGACCUUUAACAGAAUUCCUUUGGUGGUAUCAACGGCGAGAUGGACUAGCCGUUAAUCGGGGACCCUAUAAGAGACUCUUAACUUGA